AUUUAGAAGAUGAAGAAAUUCCUAUGCGAAUAUAAAGCGCUGCAAAGUCGGUCAUUCGCAGAAACGUCAAUUUCAAGAAGUAAAUAACACUUAUUUGAACAACGGAAAUCGAAUGACGUUGACGAGUUUACAUUCAAAAAUAUAUAAAUUAUGUUGUCGCCUGCCUGCGGUUAGGUAGUCACUAGUCAGUAUUCAGUAGGCUGGGACGCGUGAGGCUCAGUUCAACCAGCGUGGAUGAAGUGGAUCACCGGAGCGCGACGAAAAGUAAUUUGUACAAAAAACCAAAUUCAACUCAUUGCGAUUGCCGUAGUGUUCGUGAUGUUUUGUCUGACCGCACAAUAUAUCGACGUUCAUUGUUGCUAGACGUUUUUUUACAACAUCGAACUUUUAAAAAGUUAAUUCGCCGGUAAUGUUCCGCGUGAUUCUCGUGUCGAGAGACUCAGUAGUUCUCUGUUUGAAAUUCGAAAAGUUUUAUAGAUAGUCAAGUGCUGUGUUUUUUUGCGGGAUUGGAUGUGCAAUUAGUUUAGAUAUUUUUGAUUUGUAAAGUGGCUUCUUCGCAAGAAAUGGGUGUUUUCAAGUGGUUGCGCCGGGAACGUAUAACAGUUACCACGGGUCACGUAACUCCACCGACGCCCACUCAAGAUGACCAACCCAACCCAGGCACUAUUCGCACCGAGGAGUACAAAAGGGACCUAGCAGAAUUCCAAGCGCGGAGAUCUGGAGGCAGCAAGGAUCUGCAAGAGACUCCAGUAAAGAAGAAAUGCGGACGCCACUCACUCCCCGUGUCUUGCACUGACUGCACCGGUGAUCCCGACACAACUUUCAACUAUGAGAAAAAGUCUGCCAUGAAAUAUAAGAAGAAAACCCAAAAUAAGCGUGAACGAAACGCACAUUCUGAGGAAAGGGCUUACGAGGGCGUCCCAAACGUCCAGUUCCUAUUUCAGAACCAGGUUUUUAUGCCCGGCAAUAUGUACGGAGCGUCCUUUUCGGAGCCGAGGAAAUCAAAUAAACGCUAUCCUAGACAAAGAUCGCCCGAUUUUCAAGUUCAAAAACAGAUAGAUUUUAAAGACGAACAGUCUUCAUCACCGCCGCUAUUCUUCAAAAACAAUUCGUUGCAUUUCAAUACCAAGGAGUUCUUAAGUGAGCAUGAAGAAGUCGAUGGGCUGAACGCCGCUGGGGACGUGAAGACCUCUAGUCAGAGUUCUGGAAGUCAGAAGAACGACAGCUGCGAGGAGAAGCUGUGGGAAGUGAUGAGCGAAUUGAAGCAUUUCGACCAGUGGGCCGAUGAACAGCUGCAGGCUCCCUUUGUGAAUACGAGCAAGUCUGAUGAUAGCAAGAGUGACACGAGUGCAUUCGGUCUGCCUAUCGCAAGCGCCUGUAACCUUAACGUGACGCUAGAGAAGAACAAGAUCUGGAGCCGCGGCGCGUGGGGCGUGGUGCCGGUGCAGCUCAAGCGGCUGGCGGGCGUCACCGUGGAUCGCGUGAGGAAGAAACAGAGCUUGGAAAUAAACAUACUGAGAAAAUGUCGCCAUCCCAACAUCAUACUUCUGAUGGGACUGUAUCCAGAUGUGCAGAACAAUAUUCACAUCAUUUGCGAGCGGUGUAGCGACUCUUUGUUUGGUAUUCUUCAUGUUCAGGGUCGCAUCCUCAGCGCGCAAACGUCAGUCCACUACGCGCUGGACAUCGCCAACGCGCUGGUCUUCCUGCGCAUGCAUGGCUUUGUGCACACCGAGCUGAGCAGCAUGAGCGUUAUGAUCACUGCACACGACACCGCCAAGCUGGCCGACGUGGCGCCCUGCGUGCCGCUGCCGACCAACACCAAACAAGCCAACAAGCGCUACGAUGCCUACUCGCCGGAGCCGCUCUAUGUCAAUUUGACUGACACACGAGAUUCCACAGCAGAAUCCGAACCCCUGAUAUCUCAACGGUCAUCGGAAGCGUACCUCAGCGCCAACGCGGUGCCCAAACACUACAAGGCUUACUCUGAGUCGGAGCAUUAUCGCUGGCAGGCGCCGGAGCUGUUCUCGGCCGACGCAGACGGGCUGGUGUACCCGUGCUCCAAGAGCGACGUAUAUUCGCUGUGUAUCAUGCUGUGGGAAUGCUGCAAUGCCGUCCUACCUUGGAAAUCACUUUCCUACGACAAACUUAAGGAGCUAUACACACUGUGGAAGAUUGGAGUGUCUCUACCACAAGAUGGGACCUACCCCGGCUCUCUGCUAUCAUUGCUGCAGCAGGGACUGACGCUGCAAAGAGACCAACGGAUUGACCUAGCGUCACUUCAGUCUACUUUACUCGCAGUUCAGCAAAAUCUCGACCAAAUGGAGUAUAUAAUAAUACCAGCUAGAUUAUCCAAAAAGAAGAGUAGCUUCAGCACUCAACCUUGGGACACCACAUCUCCAACCGAUUCCGACUGCGUCAGCCCCAAGAAUAUUCAACAUAAAGCAGACAUACAUACACGGGGCAGUUCCACCUCGACAGACAGUGAGAAAGAUACCAAAACCCUCUCAUAUGAAAUCAUCCAUCAAGCCAACCAAUUCAAUUCCUUCACUACUGACAAGUGCUUCGUAUCCGACGAAGAAAUUCCAGAUAACAUUCCAAUACCCAAAUACGAACAUUUACAAGACAAAGAUUUCUCGAGUGCGUGUUCGACUCCGAUAGCCAAGCUUCGGGCGAGAAUCAAAGAUAUAGAAUCCCCAGGCACAUUACACAGAACUGAUUCCACUGAAUAUUGCAGUAUACUCAGCCCUGAUGCAAGGAAAUUUAGCCUCAUGGAUGAAAGUAGUAAGGACCAAAGUGCUGAGCGGUCUUCCGCCAAAUUCAGUCGAAGCUUUACUCCCAAGUCAUAUAAACCCUUGCACAUAAAAGUGCCCGAAUGUAAUUUGGACUCCAUAAAGAAUGUAUUAAAAGAACAAAAUGGGUUGGAGCGUUCGUCGUACAAUUUCGAUAUAAAGAAUUAUAGUUUGCCUACAACGCCUAUAGCACGGAGUAAUAAAUUGAGGAAAAAUGCUUGGCUCUCAGGCGACUUGAAUCUGAACAAGGUGGAUACGGUGGAUACUAAAGACCAGAAGAAUGAAUCCGUCAAGGCUCCUAGUACUGAAGGAACUGAAACCCAAAAGCCUGAACCAGUUUCAAAACAUCAAGUUUUGGAGAAGGAAAAUAAAUCUGAGGGAUUUUCCUCCAAUGAGAUCGAUCGAAAGGAGAGUCUUUCGUGCGAAAGCAUUAACACAAUGACCACAUUGCGGGAUAGUUUUACGGGUCUCAGAAGAAUAAUAGACCCACCGCACGACUUUUCGCCCGAUACAAUAGACCCGCCAGUGUUAGAACGAGCGAGAUCCCUCAACUGUAUGAAGAACAUCGGCGUAACCAAGUACAAGGUGGAGGAGGAAGUUCUAGCGAACGUCAACGUCAAACCGCUGGUUGCGAUACACGAGAAGUGGAUAUACGAGGCUAGUAAGAAGACCGGGCGCUCCUUGUCACUACCUGAAGACAACAGGAGUACAGUAACAGCGGUCAAGCCAGCGUCUCAUUGCGUGGACACGCUCCAGAAGUCUCUACCGCAACUCAACGUUCGCAGACCGAGUGUGGGCAAAACGAUCCGACACCAGCCCGCGCCCACUGGUGGAAAGAACGGAAGUCAUUGGGAGCAGUUUUGUCUAGCCCGAGAAGCCAUCUCGAAAAGUAUGAAAUUCCAUCAGCAAGAUCAUUUUGAAUCCAAAAAAGCUUCAGAAAAAGGAACGAUAACUGAAGAUAUCAACAAAGAUUCAAUGGUAGAUCGAUCUACCGACACGUUGAGUAUCGAAGAGUUCAUAAAGGAUCUUAUCCGCAAGGAAUUCCAACAUCUCAUCAGCGAAAUGUCUGACAAUACUUCAGAAUCGACGGCCAGUUGUCCAAAAGGCGACGAUUUGUUGAACAAAGGCGUAGCGAACAUCGUCGAGUCUUUGAAAAACGACGAUGAAGCUAAGAAGGAAUCUAUCAAAUCCUUUUCACGCAUCAAAAUAAAUGGCAACAAUAAACCGUUGCUACAAAUAACUUUUAAUCGCACCGGCGAGAACAGUUUGCAAGUUCUGGACAAUUGUGUGAAUGUGACUAUCUGUGAUCCCACCAGUGGGCUUGGGAGUGGGAGGGAUAAACUUAACCUAUCGGUGGAAGACACGAUGUCGCCAGAGGAGAUUCAUAUAAACACGUUGAAACGGUGCCAAGCUUUCAAUGCUAUUCAGGAAGCUCGCAGCACCGAAGACUUGUAUAUAGAUGACGAUCUUUCUACACACAUGCAGGAGAACUUCGGCGGCAAAGUGAAGUUGAUCCCUCUGCACGGCUCCCUGCAUGAGAUACUGUGCGAGAGAGAGGACGACUGCUGUUUACUUAAGGUAAAGCAGGAGAACGGAUGCGACACGAUAUAUUUCCGAUGCGACAACUCGGAUACUGAAUCCAAAGACGCGAUCGACGGGACCGAGCGAUCCAAAGACACAGUAGUGUUCAAGAGGAGUAUCUCCCUCAUAGAAGAGCGUAUACAGCGCGUCCUGCCCAAGGACAAGCGCCCAAACCCCGCGGCCGCGUUGAAGAGGCUCACUGACAAGCUCAAAGCGAGGCCCAAGUCUGAAAUCUACACCAAAACAUUGAGCAAGGAAACCCGCGCAUUGAGCAACAGUAGCCCCUCGCUAUCGACCAACGACGCGAAGACGGACGAAGUGGAGCUGAACAUCGAGAGCGUGAUGUGCUACCAGGACUCGUCCUCCGACGAGUGCCUCAAGUGUCAGACGGACAAUGACGACUUCGAGACUUUGGAGCGCGAGAUAGAGGAGGACAUGGCGAACAACCAUUCGUCGCUGACUUGCGGCAGUCUCGCCAAGAUCUCGGAGGAGAACCUCUCCGCGAUCAACGAUGACACGACUGACGAGAACUGAUUCUGUUAAUUCAUUAGUUGGAUUCACGUAAAGAGAGCUCUGGAUGACGGGGGGCAUGUGUUGAUAGAAUUCGACUGUUGAAACUCAAUGACGUCAGAGUGAAAUAGACCUAAAGACCCUUGA